CACUCUCAGACUUUCCUCUCAGCAUCACUCAAAGAAUCAGGUAUCUCUAAUAUCCAGCUGUAGCGCCUGGGAAUCCCUUGCUCAUCAUGAGUCACUCUGGUCUGAGAAGCACCUCCACAUCCUACCGCCGCACUUUUGGGGGUCCUCUCCUGUCCCCUGUGUCCUACUCCUCAUCCUCCAGGCUAUCCACCUCCAGGCACUUCGGAAGCCCUUCUCCUGGUCCCUCCAGCCGCUCAUCCUCUUCAGCCUUUAGGGUAAGGUCCAGUACCCCUGUCCGAGUGUCGUUGGACCGCGUGGACUUCUCGGUGGCUGAGGCUGUUAACCAAGAAUUCCUGACCACCCGCAGUAAUGAGAAAGCUGAACUACAGGAGCUCAAUGACCGAUUUGCUAGCUUCAUAGAAAAAGUCCGCUACCUGGAGCAGCAGAAUGCAGUGCUGGUGACUGAGAUCAACCAAGCAAGGUCCAAAGAGCCCACCAGGGCUUCAGACCUGUGCCAGCAGGAGCUGAGGGAACUGCGCAGGCAGUUGGAGCUACUGGGCAAGGACAGGGACCGCAUCCAGGUGGAGAGGGACAACCUCGCUGAAGACCUUGCUUUUCUGAAGCAAAGGCUGGAUGAAGAGGUUCACAAGCGGGAAGAUGCAGAGAAUAAUCUAGUUUUGUUUAGAAAGGAUGUGGAUGAUGCCACACUGUCUCGCCUGGAGCUGGAGAGGAAGAUUGAGUCUUUGAUGGAUGAAAUUGAAUUUCUGAAGAAGCUUCAUGAGGAGGAACUCAAUGAUGUACAAGUGACAGUACAGGCACAGCCAAUACACAUGGAAAUUGAAGCUGCUAAACAGCCCGACCUGACCUCUGCACUGAGGGACAUUCGAAGUCAAUAUGAGACUAUUGCUGCUAAGAACUUACAAGAGUCAGAAGAGUGGUACAAGUCCAAGUUUGCUGAUCUCUCAGAUGCGGCAACUCGCAACAGUGAAGCUCUGCGACAAGCCAAGCAGGACAUGAAUGAAUCUCGACGACAGAUCCAAAGCCUGACAUGUGAGAUUGAUGGUCUGAAGGGAACAAAUGAGGCACUGCUGCGUCAGAUGAAAGAUAUGGAGGAGCAGUUUGGAGUGGAGGCAUCUAACUACCAGGACACAAUUGGAAGACUGGAGCAAGAAGUGCAGCAUAUGAAGGAGGAAAUGUCACGACAUCUGAGGGAGUACCAAGACCUACUGAAUGUCAAGAUGGCUUUAGAUAUUGAAAUUGCAACUUACAGAAAGCUCCUAGAAGGAGAGGAGAGCAGGAUUGCUGUCCCAAUCCACUCUCUGACAUCUCUCAGUAUUAAAAGUCCAGCUCCUGAAGUCGAUCGCAGCACUGAGGCGCACACCAGAAAAACGGUUGUCAUUAAAACUAUUGAGACCCGGGAUGGAGAGCAGGUUGUCACUGAGUCUCGGAAAGAGCAGUCCUCAGAAGGAGAGAAGUGAUCUAGUACGCAGUGCUUGGAGAGACUGAUCCAGUUCCCUUGCAAUACCUCUCCAUGGACGGAAAACCUGUGCUUUUCUAAUUGAUUGAUACUAAGGGUCAUCUCCACUAACACACUUCUUUCUCCCACAAAGUGUCCUUGGCAUGGCAUUUGGUGGCUAAGUUAUCAUUUAUUUGGUGGAAAACCAACUUUCUCUGUGUGCCUGUACCCCAAAUAGAUGUAUUAAUGUUAAUUGUUUAUCUAUCCUAAUGCAUUCUGAGGAUCUAUGCCUAAACAUGGCAGAUGUACAUCUUCCCAUUAUCCACAUAUUAAACAGCUAUUAUUCACCACUGUUGGACUUAAUGUUAUAAAAACAAAGUUUAUAAGUAUAGCUGUGACACAAUUCACAUAAUGGGCCCUCCGAUCCCUGUGUUAGAUAAACUGGUACAAACUGAGCCUACAUUAAGAGAAGAUGAAAAUGCCAUUCUUAUUCAGUUAUUAAACCAGUACAUUGAAAACCAGUACACUGAAAGCUCUUUUACCCAGUUAUCAGUACCUUAUAUCUACUUUCCUUGUUCCUCUCUCUUCCUUCUUCAACACAUAUCCAGAUUGGUGGUUGGCACUAGGCUUCAGCCGCUGCCCAGGACAGGAUCUGCUCAAAGAUAAGACAGCUGUGAAGCAAAUUUGGUGCUAUUCAUUCCCUGCCUCUGUGUAUUGGUUGGGACUGUGCCCCAUCAUGUUGUGUAUAUGUGCCAUGUCAGCUUACUAGUCAAUAAAAUAAUUUGCAGAAA